ACACCAGAUGACGCUCUUGUCUUACUGUCCUGCCCUUUUUGCGCUAAGGAUCCCUGCCUGGUCCUGAGCAACCACCAGCUCAAAGUUUACCGGACACGUUUCUCCUAUUCAUCAAUAUCCCCAUUGAGUAUCAAAGCCAAUUUAUGACUGGCCAACAUGUGCACGUGAUCCCAUACAAAUACACCAUAUUUGGGCAGCGCACACGUCGGAUCAAGAAUAAAAAAAAGAUAGCAAAGCCUACUCCACCUAUAAAUCGUGGAUUAUUUUUUUAAGGCAGGCAGCUCCGAAUUUUGCAAAAGCGGCUCUAAAGAAGAGCAAUGAUCAACAAAAACAAGGAAAUAACCGCAACACAGCACACCCCGCAGCCCUGUCUUGUUUAAAAAAAAAGUAUCGCUGGCUUGGUUCAACAUGAGCUCGUAUGUUGACAGCUCCAAUUUCAGGCAAACAAGCGAGACAACUUCUCCUAACAGUAUGUUUAAUUUCGAUCUAUCUGGGCGCGCGUCCAGCCGCUUUGAGGAUGUGAAUGUGAACGGGAUAUUCACUUGUCCCGUCCCCACGACCUCUGUUGAACAGGAGGGGAUGAAAACUAGCCUGCGUGGCAGUGCGGAUACUCCUCUGCCGUCAGGACCACAGAUAACUAUGGUCUCCAGUAGCUCGUCCAUGGACGCAAGCGGGCUCAGCUACAGCGGCAGCGCGCUGCUGGGGCGCGGGGCGGACAUAGACCCGGAGAGGAGCGCGAAAUCCGGCGGCACCAUGAGCCAGGAGGGCGACAGGAACGCGGAGAACACGCAAACGGUGAAACGAAACGCAAACGCGAACCAGCGUCAGGACAGUGAGGCGAGACCACAGAUUUAUCCAUGGAUGACAAAACUGCACAUGAGCCACGAAUCGGAGGGUAAGCGGUCCAGGACCAGUUACACCCGCUACCAGACUCUGGAGCUGGAGAAAGAGUUUCACUUCAACCGCUACCUGAGCCGCCGCAGGCGCAUAGAGAUCGCCCACACCCUGUGUCUAAACGAGAGGCAGAUCAAAAUCUGGUUCCAGAACAGGCGAAUGAAGUGGAAGAAGGACUCAAAGAUCAAAGUGAAGGAGUAGAGGAAGUGUUGGAGUAAACGGGGGUGCAUGCUGCACGUUUUCAGCGCCACACUGCACAGUGCUGGAGUGCCGCCUGACCUCCGGAUGAACUGCUAGGAGCAAUGACAUCAUGACACCGCCCUGUGUGCUUUAUCACCAAUUAUGUGUCACUUGCUGCAGUUUGGGACCUAAUGUAUUGAAUAUCACUCACUUUGAUCAAUCGGUUUACAUUUCUAAAUUAAUUUGGUGCCCAUGCGAUGAUAACCUCACUUGACUGCACGAAGUGGACAUGAGGUUGAGAGAAGUUGCUGCUGCUGCUGCUGCUGCUGCUGCAUGGUCCUUCACGCUGCAAGGCUCUGGUCUGCAGUGGCUGCACAACUAUAUACUAAUAACCCAUGGUUUAUUUCACUUAGGACACGAGAGGUGCAGGCUGGGGGAUGCAUGCAUCAUUUCCAACUGUACAUCCCCAUCAUAUGAUUAAAAAACUAAUCAAAAACCUGAAAUGAAGGCAAAAUUAAUACUGACUGCUCUGGGAGAAAUCGUAAUGAUUAAAGGAGAUGUUUCCCAUAAGUCCUCGCCAGUAAAAGCUACUUCAUUAACCCUAAUAUUUUCUCUCUAACAUGUUGAAGUGCAACCCUUGGUUGGAUGUGUGGUUUUCGUUUCUUCUCCAUGUUGUCUGUCAUCUCUCUGUGAAUUUUUGAAAUCGUUCUGUAAUAAUUCAGCGACUGUAUGUGAUGAUAUUUGUGAUGUGCAAUGAAGCGAUUUCUCUCCUCCUUUGUAAACGUCAGGUGUCUGGUUUACCCAAGGCCGAGAACAACUCAUAUAGGUGCUCGUUUGUUGAUUGUAACCAAUAAACUAUCAUCAUUAAAACGUGGGAAAAAAUGUUUUCCUAUUGUCAAACAAAAGCACAUUUCUGUUAUUAUUUUUCUCCCCUGAUUGUAAAGGUUAAUGCUAGAAUUACACACAUUUUUGUGUCUUUAAAAUAAUUCUGUCUGCUGAAUUAAACUGCUACGAAUUGG